ACCCGGAAAUGUCAACACAACAAAACCAGAGGAAUAACAACAUACAUGACCAGCGAUUCAAUCUCUAAAAUUAGUUUAAAAUGUCUUACUGUAUGUUAAUGUAUUUAUGAUAAGAGUACACACCGAAUAGUACUUGUAUAUUUAAUAAUCUAGCUAUGUUUGAAGUGUUUUUAAUGUAGUUCUUGAUCAUAAGACGCAGGAUGUUUGAGAACAUGUUUAAAUCAGGUUGUUUAGUUCGGACUGCUCAUGUGAUUCUGACCUGGCUCACAACUUUAGUCCUGUUUCUGCAUAACACAGAUCUGCGUAAGUGUCAGGAGAGAGGAGAUCUGGUCCAGCCGGUGGUGUUCAGCUCCGUGGUUCUGCUCUCUGUUCUGCUGUACUUCACUGUGUCUCUGAUGGAUCCUGGCUUUGUUCUGUCCGACAGCGACACAAGGGGAACGUCAGUGGACAGUAAUGAAGAACUGGAAAAGAUGAUUCCUCAAGAUCACAGUUCUUUAAAGCAGCGACGCUGCGGCUACUGCUUUAAACUGCAACCGAUGAGGGCCAGGCACUGUCAAACGUGUAAGCGCUGUGUGAGGCGUUUUGACCAUCACUGUCCCUGGAUAGACAACUGUGUUGGUGAGAGGAAUCACAAGUGGUUCCUGCUGUACCUGUGUGUGCAGUUUGUUGCUGUAUGCUGGGGUCUAUGGUCCGGCGUGGUCUUUGCACCCACCUGGCAGCUGUGGUUCACUCAGAACGGAUUCCUGCUCGGGGCGUUUGCCGUGACGGCCGUGUUUUCGGUGGUCGUGCUGCUCCUGCUGUGCAUUCACCUGUACCUGGCCUCGGUGAACAGCACCACCUGGGAGUUCAUGUCACGCCAGCGCAUCGUGUACCUCAAACACUGCGACUCGGAGGAGAACCCGUUCGACAGAGGAGUCUUCUGCAACCUGUGGCACUUCUGCUGCAUCUGUGGGACGGUAGCAUGGGAGAGGAUCUACGUCAGACACACCAACGGGGCUAAAUGACUGAAUUUUUUUUUUUGACUGGAGUUCAGACCACUGAGUGUUUUAUUGAGCGUCUCUUUAGACCCAACAUUAAUCGUUUUUUACUAAUACUGAUGUGAUGUGGUUACUUGCAUCAUUUUAUGUAGUAAACCUGCAGGGAUAAAUAGGCCAUUUAUCAUCACGUGCCACAAUUAUUGGUGUUUGGGUGUUUUCUACUCAUUUGUUGCAUGAUGUAUAUCUGUUCACAUAAUGAGGGACAGUUUGUAUAGUUCAGCUUUUUUAUUGGUUGAAGUUAAUUUUACAUGUGACUAAAUAAACUUUCUAAAUAAAGACUCGCUAAUGAUUCUUAUAAGCCAGAAAAAAAUGCUUCAGUGAAUAAAGGUGAUUAGUGGUGAGCGGUUGCUGAAACACAAAUCUUCACUUUCGGUUUAUUUAUUCAUAUCUGUCUUGAUAUUAACCAGAAACUUGGGAUUCGUGAGACUUAAAGCAAUGGGCAAACUUCCAAAUGAG